UCGUGCAAUAAAAAUACCAUUAAAGUUCGAACCGAGUGAGAAUACUCGGUUCCAAUUAAGUGAAUCGAUCCGAAAACCCGGAAGGGGUAAUCCGUUAUUGAUAGGAGUGUGUCCACCGUGCUGUGCGCGCGUGUGUCCUAUUCUUGCGUAAGUGUUGAGUGUCCACUUAGGACGUGUGUAGUUGAUCUCGUAGGGCCAGGCAUUGACAAGGUACCGUGACAGAGACUGCCCUAAGUAAUCGACGAACAGAGAGAACAGUAAACAAGGGGACGUUCGUGAAAACUACACGGUGCAAGAAGGUACCGAUAACAGUGCAGCAGAAGGUAACAAAAUUCUGAAAAGACCGAAGGUUGGCGGGGCCUUGGGAGGCUCGACUGUGGGAGAGGACAAACCAAGACGAAGACGCAGUCUUCUGGAUCUUCUCGAGCUGCGUAGAGCCCUGGCAGGCUCGGGUACUAGCGCGGCUGCUAAGAUGGGCAACAAUGCCGCCACUGCGAACAAAAAGGUUGACGCUGCCGAGAGCGUCAAGGAGUUUCUCGACAAGGCAAAGAAGGACUUUGAGGACAAGUGGAAGAAGAACCCGACGAACACCGCUGAUCUCAAUGACUUCGAGCGGAUCAAGACACUCGGCACCGGCUCGUUCGGCCGUGUCAUGAUAGUGCAACAUAAGCCGACCAAAGAGUAUUACGCUAUGAAGAUACUCGACAAGCAAAAGGUCGUGAAACUUAAGCAGGUCGAACACACUCUGAACGAGAAGAGGAUACUGCAGGCGAUUAGCUUCCCGUUCCUCGUGUCCUUACGGUUUCACUUCAAGGAUAAUUCGUACCUUUACAUGGUCCUCGAAUACGUGCCAGGUGGCGAGAUGUUCAGUCAUUUACGUAAAGUUGGCCGUUUCACGGAACCGCACUCGCGCUUUUAUGCGGCACAAAUUGUACUGGCGUUCGAGUAUCUUCACUACCUCGACUUAAUCUAUAGGGACCUCAAGCCGGAGAAUCUGCUGAUCGACUCGCAGGGCUAUCUGAAAGUCACAGAUUUCGGUUUCGCCAAAAGGGUACAGGGUAGAACAUGGACCUUGUGCGGCACGCCGGAGUACCUUGCACCGGAAAUUAUCCUGAGCAAAGGGUACAACAAGGCUGUCGACUGGUGGGCGCUUGGUGUCCUCGUUUAUGAGAUGGCCGCCGGUUAUCCACCGUUUUUCGCCGAUCAACCGAUCUUGAUCUACGAGAAGAUCGUCCAGGGAAAGCCGCGGUUUCCCUCGCAUUUCGGUUCCGAUUUGAAAGACUUGCUACGUAACUUGCUGCAAGUCGAUCUUACCAAAAGGUACGGGAAUCUGAAGGCUGGUGUGAACGACAUCAAAGGUCACAAGUGGUUUGCCAGUACCGAUUGGAUAGCUGUCUUCCAAAAGAAAAUCGAGGCACCGUUCAUACCGAAGUGCAAAGGGGCCGGGGAUACUAGCAACUUCGACGACUACGAGGAGGAGACGCUCAGGAUUUCGCUGACGGAGAAGUGCGCCAAGGAAUUCGCCGAAUUUUGAAUUCUUCCUGUGGAUAGAAGAUGGAUACACGUGUCGCGUAUUUAUUCAUACGCGAUGGUUCGUCACUCGUUGGUCGCUUUUGUCGAGCGAGAGAAACAGCUAGAUGAAGUAAGAUGGAAUAUCGGGGAUUUGGAUGGGGAGGGGAAGGGGGGAAGAAGGGGAUGAAAAAGAAGGGUAGAGCGAGAGCGAGAAAGAAAGUGUAAGGAACGUAUACGUGUGCAAGGGGGAAAGAAAGAAUUACGGGUAUGUGUGAGUGCGGGUGUAUCAUUGUGUGCGUGUGCGCGGGGAAACUUAAAUUGACGUUAGCAGAAAAGACAGAGUUAAUGUUUGGGAGACAGAAAGUGAGGGAGAGAGAGAGAGAGAGAGAGAGAAAGUGUGUGCAUGUAUGUGUGUGUGCGAGCGUGCGUGCGCGCGGUCGAGGCACAGAGAGAAAGAGAGAGAGAGAGAGAGAGAGAGAGAGAGAGAGAGAGAGAGAAAUUAGAGAAUAAAAAAGAUAGUAUAUAGCACAUUGCAGAUUUUGCGCUUUGUUAUUUUGUGUCCGAACUUAUCAGAAAGAAUAUGAAAAAGGAUACAAACGAAUCUGUCGAGUGUUUAGAGGCAAAGAAAAAGAGCAAGAAAGAGGAUGAGAGUGAAAGGUGAGAAAAAGAAAAAGUAAGCAAAAUAUAAUAUAUUAAAGAAACUUCCUUUCGGUUGUUGCAUACACAGAAAUUGUACACACAUACA